AGAAGCUGAAAAAUUGCGACAUACUUUUGUGUUGCAAUUUUCCAUUUGACACUGAGUCAUAAAGUAGGACAGGUAGUAUUAAACAAAACAAACAUGAGCUGACGUGUAUUUGAUAUGUUUGCGUCAAUGAGAAGAAAGAUGUCAGGGAAGCCGUAUCCUACAGCACAACCAGGCCCUGGAUACCCACAUCAAGCCACUUACCCAGCAGUCUACCCACAGCCACAGUACCCAGCUGGAUAUCCAUAUCAGCAACCAUAUGGUCAGCCAUUGCAUCCGUCUGCCCCAUCAGCCCCAUACGCUAAUCCAAACCCUCCACCAUACCAAGAAGCACCUCCACCAUACUCUCAGUACCAGCCUGCACCUCCUCCACAAGCUAUGUAUCCACAACAGAUGCCACCACAACAGACAGUAAUUGCACCAGGGUUGUUUGAUUCUGGUGCAAGAUUUGACGGAAUCGCCCAAUCAAGAAUCCCUCCACCACCACCAGGAGUCGCCCCAACACAAGCCCAGAUAGCAGCCAUGCAGGGACAUCAAGUUGUUGGCACCCAACAGGGUACAAGUUGGAUAUCUGGGGGAAGAAAUGAUGGGGGAUAUACAUGGGGAUUUUAACACUGAUUCUGUUAGGAGAAUUGAGUGAUGCACAACAAAAUCUAGAGCCUGUGAUAUUGUUAUCCCAGACAGACAAGACUAGGUUACCUAGAUAACAUUCUCAUCAUUCUUGUAUUCAUACAAUACUAUGGUAGUGACACUUGACAAAGAACCAUGUCAGUUCCUUCUGACUACAUUUAUUCAGUUUUAUACUAAACCGUUUCUAAGUUCAACCAAAGAAGUAUAAAAUACACAGAAUGGCAACAGGAGAUAAUCUUGCGUAAGCUUGUGUCAGCGCGUUACCUUAUUGAAGCAUUUGCUGACUUGAUCACUCAUGAUCAAAUCAACAGAUGCUUAUAUAAGUAUUACACUGGCAAUACCUGCACGUAAUAAACCGAAGCGGGUCCAAUUUUCAAACGACAACUGUUGUUUCUCAGACUUCCAAUCAUAAAUUCGUUACUUCCCCAUGUAGAAAAUACUAAUAACAUUAAAAACACCAUUAUCAUUAGAAACAAAUGAUCUGACAGAAAGUUUUUCAUGACACAAAUUUUUAUCCUUCACCGGUAAAACGAGAUGUCAUUCAGUUCCCAUGUGAUGUUGGCGAGAUGUGCUCUAUAUGCCUUUCAAGUUGCCAAUCUAUUUAUAUUUAUAGCUCUUUGGUUCAACAUAGUGUUUUUGAGAACCUGUAAUAAGGGUGUCUAAAUGUGGCCAAAAUUUGUUUGUUGAAAAUCUUAAUUUAUAAUAUAUAAAUUAAAUAAUUUAUAAUAUAUGAUUUGAUGACAGAUUGUAAUGGUACUUUUUCAUUACUUUAGCUUUAUGCAUAAUGGAAUUUUAUAUAUUAAAAUUUGAAAUCAUUUGGUAAACAAUUUCAGUGGUAUUUUAGGAACUUAUUUAUUGUUAUUUUAAGAAUGUAAAGUAGCUGUUUUAGUAUAUCUUUAUGGAUUCUGAGGCUCUGGAAGCCACUUGUAGUUUUACUUUUACCCAGUUAGUAAACUGUUGCAUGUUUUAUUGUUACAUUUGAUUUACUGUUUUUGUGAAGGUAAUAGAUAAUCGGAGAAAUACAGUUUUUCAAACUUAUGUGAACAGACAAAAGAUCUGUGCAGGAUUUAUGUUAUAUAAACUCCUUGAAUUCAUUCAAGACAAUAGAUUUGAAAGUUUACUUCUAUUAAGCAUCCGUUUGCCUUAAGCAGCCAGUAAGCUAACAUCAGAGUUGGAAUUUUUGUUCUCAUUUCCACCUGUCUCAAGCAGCCACCUGGCUUAAGUAGCCAGAUGGUUUUACUACCUUGGCUGGCAGCCUUAAUACCGGUUUGGCAGAUUUUGUAUGUUCAAAGUUUAUUUGUUAAAAUAAAAUUUCAUUAAUACCGAGUUAAUUUGGUCCUAAGAUUCACUGUACAUGAAAUCAAAUUAGGUACUCUGUUUUUUAACUAUGACCAAUACUGAAUAGAUUGGUUUUGAACAUUCAUUGUACAUAAAAUAUACUAAGAAAAUUAUAAUAUUUUUUAAAAAGGAUCACUUACCUGUAUGUUGUUUUCCAUAUUAAUUUCACACUAAAUUCUAUGACACAGAGUUAAUUCAGUUAAAGGUAAUGAGAUUUUUUCAUAAACAAUCUUUUCUGUUGCAGAUUGCAUACUUGGUCAGAUAUUUAAUUCAGAACCUUUCACAUGUCUGUUGUAAAUAGAUGUAAAUUAUUUUUUUCUUGAAAUAUUAUUAAACAUUGUAUAUUAUCUA